CCUCCUCUCAUUGGCCAGCUACAGGCCAGGGGUGGGCGGGGGAAAUGCGUCAGAAAGUGGGCUCACUUCCGGCCUGGGAGCGCGCGCGGUUGAUUCGUCCUCCCUCAGCCGCGGGUGCUCGCAGCUCGGAAAUGGCGGGUUUGAUUAAUUAAAUCACUUCCAACUAGUCUUUUUAAAAUCCUGUUUCUUAGGAUUUGGUGCUAUGGAGAAGUUUUUGGUUGAAUACAAGAGUGCAGUUGAGAAGAAACUGGCUGAGUACAAAUGUAACACCAACACAGCAAUUGAACUGAAAUUAGCGGAAGAUCCAUCCAAAAGCUAUGUGAAAUUGAGAGACUUUGUGCUUGUGAAGUUUUGUCAAGAUUUGCCCUGUUUUUCCCGGGAAAAGUUAAUGCAAGGAUUCAGUGAAGAUAUGGCAAUAGAGGCUCAACAGAAGUUCAAAAUAAAUAAGCAACAUGCUAGACGGGUUUAUGAAAUUCUUCGACUACUGGUAACUGACAUGAGUGAUGCUGAGCAAUACAGAAGCUAUAGACUGGAUAUUAAAAGAAGACUAAUUAGCCCAUACAAGAAAAAACAGAGAGAUCUUGCUAAAAUGAGAAAAUGUCUUAGACCGGAAGAACUGACAAACCAGAUGAACCAGAUAGAAAUAAGCAUGCAACAUGAACAGCUGGAAGAAAGCUUUCAGGAACUCGUGGAAGAUUAUCGACGUGUCAUUGAACGCCUCGCUCAAGAGUAGAGGUUAUACUUCUCUGUACAGAAAGUUUGCAAAUUUCUGUACAUGUGUUGUGAAAAUCAGAUGAUGACUUUAAUUUUAAAAAAUCUUGUAACAUUUUGCUUACAUUAAAAGUUAUCUAUCUUUAGUUGAAUAUUUUCUUUUGGAGAGAUUGUAUAUUUUAAAAUACUGUUUAGAGUUUAUGAGCAUAUAUUACAUUAAAAAAGAUAUAGCUUCUGAAAUACCACUGCAAUUACUUCCCUUCUUAAAUAGUGUAAUAAAUGCUUAGUUGUGAUAUGUUAA